CGGACGGGCGGGAAGGGGCAGCCGCUCAGGAAGGAUGGCGACGGCGGCGGCGGCGGUGGGAGUGGGCGCGGGAGCUGGGGGCGCAGGAGCGUCGGGAGGCGGCGGCGGGGCGCGCGAGGGCGCGCGGGUGGCGGCGCUGUGCCUGCUGUGGUACGCGCUGAGCGCGGGGGGAAAUGUGGUCAACAAGGUGAUCCUGAGCGCCUUCCCAUUCCCCGUGACCGUGUCGCUGUGCCACAUCCUGGCGCUGUGCGCGGGGCUCCCGCCUCUGCUGCGCGCCUGGCGCGUGCCCCCAGCGCCGCCUGUCUCGGGCCCUGGGCCCGGUCCGCAUCCGUCGCCCGGCCCGCUGCUGCCGCCGCGCUUCUACCCGCGCUACGUGCUGCCGCUCGCCUUCGGCAAGUACUUCGCGUCAGUGUCUGCGCACGUCAGCAUUUGGAAGGUGCCCGUGUCCUACGCUCACACCGUCAAGGCUACCAUGCCCAUCUGGGUGGUCCUCCUGUCCCGGAUCAUCAUGAAAGAGAAACAGAGCACCAAGGUAUACCUGUCACUCAUCCCCAUCAUCAGCGGUGUCCUGCUGGCCACUGUCACCGAGCUGUCCUUCGACAUGUGGGGGCUUGUCAGCGCCCUUGCUGCCACGUUGUGCUUCUCGCUUCAGAAUAUUUUCUCCAAAAAGGUGUUACGAGAUUCGAGGAUCCACCAUCUCCGGCUGCUGAACAUCUUGGGCUGCCACGCCAUCUUUUUUAUGAUCCCCACGUGGGUCCUAGUGGACCUCUCAGCUUUCCUGGUUAGCAGUGACCUGACCUACGUGUCCCAGUGGCCUUGGACGCUUCUGCUCCUGGCUGUCAGCGGCUUCUGUAACUUUGCCCAGAAUGUCAUCGCCUUCAGCAUCCUCAACCUUAUCAGCCCCCUGAGCUACUCGGUCGCCAACGCCACCAAGAGAAUCAUGGUCAUCACAGUGUCCCUGAUCAUGCUGCGAAACCCGGUCACCAGCACCAAUGUCCUGGGCAUGAUGACGGCCAUCCUGGGGGUCUUUCUGUACAACAAGACCAAGUAUGAUGCGAAUCAGCAAGCCCGGAAGCACCUCCUCCCUGUCACGACAGGGGACCUGAGCAGUAAGCAGCAUCACUGGAGCCCCCCGGAGAAACCCCACAACGGCGUCCUCUUCCCCCAGCAUGGGGACUAUCAGUAUGGCCGCAACAGCAUCCUGACAGAUCACUUCCAGUACAGCCGGCAGAGCUACCCGAACUCAUACAGUUUGAACCGUUAUGACGUGUAGAGUCUGGAAGAGCGGGCAGGACGUUCUGCCACUCCCCCCACCCUGCCGCCCCCCAGCAGUACCAGAAACUUAUGACCACUGGUGAAUGUACAGUGCAGCUGAGGGGCAUGGUGCGUCCCCAUCAGAAGGCCAGCAGGACGCCGUCCCUGCAGCGGGGCCCACGCCCUGGAGCUCCGGCGCUUCUUGCCCUCUUUUCCUGGAGUCUGUCUGCUGAGGGCUGGGUCGCUAUGGAAAUCUCAGCCAGAUCUUACUUUUCUGUGUGGACUUCUUCCCUAAGUCGUGUUUUUCAGAGUUAUGGUUCUGCUUUCCAGGUAACAUCCAGGACCCUCUCUGGAAAGGAUACAGACCUUGGAGUGGGCAAGAGGUGGUUUGCGGGGAGGGUGGCAAGGAAAGGACCGUCGGGUGGUGCUUGAGAGUGACAGCCCAGCCGCUUUAAUUCCACUGCUCAGGUAGGCAUAGGACUGAUGCAGGCGUGGAGCAGAGGAGCACGAGUUACUUACAGCCUGUCCCGCCACAACGAUGGACCCUGUCUUCUGGUGAACCCCAUGGCCGUUUGCAGCUACUGGCCAGUUCCACGGUGCAAAGCUAUCACAUUUAGCAUUGAAUUCUCAGAGCCUGAUUCUCUGACCUGCGAGCAGAGGUGGUAUGUGCCCGGAUCCAGAGGGAAGGGCAACCGCUGUCUCCUGGGCUCCCUCUUCCCUGGCCAGAAUGGGGCGUCUCCCCUCUCGGGGCAGCCAGGAGGAGGGGAUGCGGGGCUGUGAGAAGGAUCAUUAGGAAAUCAUCUUCAGUGUUUCAAGCUCAGUUUCUGGAGUACUCGUGUUUUCUGAUGAGUCUUCACCACUUCUGUGCUGACCUGGUAAGAUGUCUGGGAAGGAGGUGUUGGUUUUCUGAGCACCUUGCAUUUCCCUAGGGAGUAUUUUGUAGUUGUGUGUUUUUAUGCCUCAGUCCCCCUUAGGGGAUGCAGGACGCAUGAGGACUGGCUUAUGGUUAGGGAACUCUUUUGUUUUUAAAGUUUUAAAACCAAGGAAAGUUGGCGGCGAUGCCUGUCUUGACACAUUUCUGCAUUUAGUAGGAAGCCGUGAAGUGUUUUGAAGCGCUUUUCUGGUGACCACAAUCUCUGAAAGUGACAUGAAUCAAGAGCAUCAGCUCGAUGGUUUGGGAGAGAGGUGAGAGCUUAGCACUUUGAUCCCAUGGGCUGUUCUUGCGGUUUCCGUUAGGAUCUGAAUCAUGUCCCGGCAAAGGGGCAGCCACCAAGGUAGGAUUCGGUUCACCAGAUCAGCCUUUGGUCAAGAAAAAGUUUGGGUUUUGACAGAAUCACGUUCUCAGAAAGGUUAUGUGACCCCAGCAGGUCCUGUGUGCUGAGGUCCAGGCUGGGACGCCCGGCAUCAUGAGAGCCUGUGCCCUUUCAGAGGGGACCACUGCCUGGGCUGGUGGGGUCUUUGCUGACGGCUGCCUCACUCCCUCAGCACUGUCCCAGACUCUCCAGCAGGCACUUGGAGUGAUCAGCAGACGGGACCGCAGGUCACCCUUUACCUUCUGGCACGUGAGAUGGUUCUCCAUUCCAAGAGGAAGUACCGUAGGUUAUGCUGGACUCCUGUUUGUUUUUGGUAAUUGGAGUUUCGUCUUUAGAGGUUAUGUUUUGUCAGCUUAUGAAUGGGCAGUGCCUGGAGAAGUCACAGGGUGCCCUCUGGCCUGAGUUCUGUACCACUGGCCUCAGGAGUCCCUGUUACAGUUUGGCAUCAGCUUGCUUUUUAAUUACUUUGGCCCCAAGUUCUGAGACAAGGCUGUGUCAAACAGGAAGGGGCCGUCCUGCAGGGUGUUGUUUGUGCAAAGAACUUGCUGAGGGCCUUCACCAGAGGCAGCAGGGCCCGCAGUUGAACCACACUAAACAGGGAUAAUCCUGCAUGGCUAAAACGUUACAGUAGUUGUCUCUAUGAUGGUAAUAACUGAUUCCUUGAACGUAUAAUUGAACUCCAAAAUGAAUCAUGCCUCUCUGAACGUUUAAUGGAAUUUCUGAAGUUGCUGAAAUUUGCUUAUUAACUUGCUUUCCUUUUUCAAUGAAAGGUCUGCUGGUGAAGGGAAAUAUCUGACUGGUUUCAUUAUGGUUUAUAAAUUAAAUGAGUGGAAUAUUUAAUUCUGUACAUAUAUCUACAGUGACCACACACACUGGAAUGAGAGACAAUCAUAUUAGACCAAAUCCAUCAGAUCAAAAGACAAAGAUGUACUUUUGAGACCUGAAAGUUCAGAGCUGACAUUGACCUGUUGAAGGCCAGUUUUCCAGCCACUUGCUGCCCUGUCUCAACCCCUCCACCCCACGCCCACAUCCGCAUUUGCAGCUCUGCUCUCCUCUCCCUCCUCACUGCUGGGGUUUGUGACAGUGAAUUUUGUUCACCCAUCCGUGGUAUGGUCUGCAAAAACAAACUCCAGCCCAACUCCUUCAUUUUACAGAAGGGCAAACUGAGGCUCAGAGGGCAUUUUAAAAUAGUGUUUGUUCACUAUUUUGAGACUCAGUGUGGAAUUUUUAAGCACCUUAUUUUAAGUCAUUCAUUACCAGGAAAAUCAAACUCCUGUUACAAAGGAGAGAAGCCAAAUAUGUUCAAAUGAAGAAGCACUUGGAAUUUCUGAAUUUUGCUGUGUAUUUGGCAUACUUCAAUGCAACAGGCCGUUAUCGCUGGGACAUAACCAGACCUGGAUACCUUAAGGCCUAACAGCCUUAAGGGCAUAGAACAUUAAAUUAUUGAAGAAUCUGAA